GGACAAAUGAGAGAGACGAUGAAGACGACGAUGGCCAUUACCAGAGCUAGAUCACUACUUUCUCUCUCCCUUCAUAGAUUCUUCGUUUCUUCUCUCUCUAAAUCACCUCCAAUCCGUCGCUUCUCUUCAUCCGCUGCUCAGCAACCUCAAUUCGAUAAAGUUGGAUUUCUAGGACUUGGAAACAUGGGAUCUCGAAUGGCAAACAAUUUAAUUAAGGCAGGGUUUGAUGUUAUUGUCCAUGACAUUAAUCCUGGUGCUGUGAAGGCAUUCACUGAUAAGGGAAUUGUAGCGAAGAGUUCGCCCUUUGAAGUAGCAGAGUUGAGUGAUGUUGUUAUCACUAUGCUUCCCUCAUCGGUGCAUGUUUUGGAUGUGUAUCUUGGUGCAAAUGGUUUGAUUAAUAAUGGUAAUGUUGUAAGACCGUGGUUGUUUAUAGAUUCAUCGACAAUUGAUCCACAAACAUCAAGAAGGAUUUCAAUGGUUGUAUCUCAAUGUGGUUUGAAUGAAAAGAAAGGUUGGACUGAUUCCCCCCUCAUUUUGGAUGCGCCUGUAUCUGGUGGUGUUGGGGCUGCUGAGUCUGGAACUCUUACUUUCAUGGUUGGUGGUUCCAAGGAAGCGUUUCUGGCUGCAGAACCAUUGUUCCUUGCUAUGGGUAAAAACCCGAUUUAUUGUGGUGGAGCUGGGAAUGGAUCAGGUGCAAAGAUAUGCAACAAUUUGGCAAUGGCAGUGAGUAUGAUGGGUGUCUCAGAAGCUCUUGCACUUGGACAGUCAUUGGGUAUUUCUGCAAAUACUUUAACUAAGAUAUUCAACUCUUCCAGUGCUAGAUGCUGGAGCAGUGAUACUUACAAUCCAGUGCCUGGAGUAAUGGAAGGUGUACCCUCAUCCAGGAAUUAUUAUGGCGGCUUUGCUUCUAAGCUAAUGGCUAAAGAUUUGAGUCUUGCUACCACAUCAGCUAGGCAAGUUGGUGUCAAAUGUACUUUGUCUUCUCAAGCAGAAGAGAUAUACAAAGAGCUCUGUAACGAUGGGCACGACGCAGAGGACUUCUCGUCUGUAUUCCGACACUACUAUUCAGGAAAGGAUGAGUACUAAUGUCUUUCUCUAAAUGCUUGUUUAUCUUCAUUUCACAUAAGUUAUGCACUUAUAUGUUGAUUUCAUGAAUAAAAGAAAAUGUCAUUUCUUGGUUCCUUUGA